AAGUAGAAAACAUACCAAACAACGUGUUUCAUGUAUUAUAUUUUAAUAUUUAUAACUAGUAAAUACUCCGAUCCUUCUAGCAAUACCUACUAAUCACCUUCUAUAAAUAUCAAAUAAUACACAUCCAAAUUUUCCGUCCAAAAUUCAAUUUUCUUCUUCUUCCUCCACCCAACCAAAAUGUUGAACAAAUCAAUCACUAAUAACAACACAACCCCAUUAUUACUUUCAUUUCCUAAACCCUUUGUGUUAGGAAAUGAACCAAAAUUUGUUCAACUUAAUAAUUCUUCUAGGGCAUAUAAGGCAUCAGUUGGUGCAUUGUUUUCAUGGAAGUUGUAUGGAGAUGGUGCUGUAACUAGGGCAUGCCGACGUCGAAACCGCGAUCUUAGGGUUAAAGCAGUAGCAACGAGAGCUAAUGAACAGUCUGUGAAAGUUAAGGCCAUCAUAUCUGUUAAACCAGCUACUGGGCUCUUGAACAACAUUAACAUCAACCGAGGGCUUGAUGAAAUUAUUGAUAUGUUUGGUAAAACCCUCCUUUUGGAAAUUGUUAGUGCUGAGGCUCAACCAAAGACAGGAUCAAAAAAGGCAACAAUUCAAGCAUAUGCACAUCGAUCUAAGACUGAAGAUGGAGUGGUAAAAUAUGAAGCUGAUUUGGUUGUACCACCAGAAUUUGGAGAAGUGGGUGCUAUACUUGUUGAAAAUGAACACCACCAAGAGAUGCACCUUACUGAUAUUCUACUUGAUGGCUUGCCUUUGGGCUCAUUACAAUUUAGUUGUAAUUCAUGGGUGCACUCCAAAUUCGAUAACCCUCAAAAAAGGGUCUUCUUUACUAACAAGUCGUACUUGCCAUCACAAACACCGAGUGGAUUGAAGAUGUUACGGGAGAAAGAACUUGAAAUUUUGAGAGGAAAUAAUGGAGAAGGAGAACGCAAGACUAUUGAUAGAAUAUAUGAUUAUGACACAUACAAUGAUCUUGGUGAUCCAGACAAAGAUCCUGAAUUAGCAAGACCAGUUUUAGGUGGUAAUAAGGAUCUUCCCUAUCCAAGACGUUGUAGAACAGGACGUCUUCCUACUAAAACAGAUCCUAAUUCCGAGCGAAGAUCUAACAACGUGUACGUACCUAGAGAUGAACAAUUCUCAGACACGAAGCAGGCACAAUUCGGGUUCAAAACCCUGUACUCAGUCCUCCAUGCUGUAGUACCAUCAAUGGAAACUGCGAUGAAUGAUCCUGAACUCGGAUUUGCAUACUUUACAGCCAUUGAUUCGCUCUACAACGAAGGAGUUAAUUGUCCUGGAUUAAAGCAACAUGGGUUAUUGCAGGAUAUGCUGCCUAGGCUUAUUAGAACUGUUUCUAACCUUCAAGAUAAUAUGCUUCGUUUCGAGCUUCCGAAGAUGUUUGAUCGGGAUAGAUUUUCUUGGUUUAGGGAUGAGGAGUUCUCUCGUCAAACUCUUGCUGGCCUAAAUCCUGUUAGCAUCAAGCGUGUUACGGAAUGGCCACUAAAGAGUAACCUAGACCCGAGCAUUUACGGCCCUCCUGAAUCAGCUUUAACAACCGAACUAGUGGAGGGUCAGAUGAAAGGUUCCAUGACGGUUGAAGAGGCUUUGGCUGAAAAGAGGUUGUUUAUAAUUGAUUACCAUGACGCAUAUUUGCCUUUCGUCAACAAAGUUAGAGAGCUUAAGGGGGCAACAUUGUAUGGAUCACGAACUUUGUUUAUCUUCGAUGGUGAAACACUAUUACCACUAGCUAUUGAGUUAACUAGGCCUCCAUUAGAUGGAAAACCACAAUGGAAGAAAGUAUUUACGCCCGGAACUUGUGCAACUUCUAGUUGGCUUUGGAAACUUGCUAAGGCUCAUGCCCUUUCGCAUGACUCUGGUUACCAUCAACUUGUCAGCCAUUGGCUAAGAACACAUUGUUGCACGGAACCAUACAUAAUUGCAGCAAAUCGACAAUUGAGCACAAUGCAUCCAAUUCAUAGGUUGUUGCAUCCUUAUUUCCGUUACACCAUAGAGAUCAAUGCCCUUGCUCGACAAGCUUUGAUAAAUGCAGGCGGUAUUAUUGAAAGCUCCUUUGCACCUGGAAAGUACGCCUUGGAGUUAAGCUCCGUCAUCUAUGGUUUGGAAUGGAGAUUUGAUCAUGAAGCAUUACCAGCAGACCUUUUAAGCAGGGGAAUGGCAGUUGAAGAUCCAUCAGCCCCACAUGGGGUAAAACUAAUUAUUGAAGACUAUCCAUAUGCAAGUGAUGGGUUAGAGCUAUGGGGUAUAAUCAAGCAAUGGGUGACGGAUUAUGUGAGCCACUACUACCCUGAUCCGACUCUUGUAGAGUCGGAUCAGGAGCUUCAAGCCUUUUGGACGGAGGUAAGAAUCGUAGGUCAUGGGGAUAAGAAGGACGAGCCAUGGUGGCCAACUCUUAAAACACCUCAAGACUUAAUCCACAUUAUCACAACAAUAAUAUGGGUGACUUCAGGGCAUCAUGCUGCAGUUAAUUUUGGUCAAUAUGCCUAUGCGGGAUACUUUCCUAAUAGGCCUACUAUUGCGAGGACAAAGAUGCCUACAGAAGAUCCUACUGAAGCAGAAUGGAAGCGAUUCUCUGAAAGACCUGAAGAAACACUCCUUCAAUGCUACCCUUCUCAAAUACAAGCUACACGAGUUAUGGCGAUUUUGGAUGUUCUUUCAGGUCAUUCUCCUGAUGAGGAAUACUUAGGUGAAAACAUGGAGCCUUCUUGGGAGGUAGAACCUAAUAUAAAGGCAGCUUUUGAGAAGUUUAAUGGGAGGUUGAAAGAGUUAGAGGGAAUCAUUGAUGAGAAGAAUGCUAAUGAGAACUUGAGGAAUAGAAGUGGAGCUGGUGUUGUGCCUUAUGAAUUGCUUAAGCCUUUCUCCUCUCCUGGGGUCACUGCUAUGGGAGUUCCAAAUAGUAUCUCCAUUUGAAAGCUAUUAUAUACUACUUUCGUAUUUUUUUUAGUUGCAACGUUUGGUUUUGUGCCACUAUUUUCAUCAACCAACUUUGUUAAACUAUAUCGUAUUGUUAUAUAAGA